CGUGUAUAUAAUCCACCGACGGUGGACGGCGAAUUCAGUCAGCUCCUAAACGGCUAACAGUCAUCGUACAACGAUGAAGGUUUUCGUCAGCAUCGUCCUCUUGGCUACCGUGGUCCUCGCUGAACCACCGAGGUACCGUCAGCAACAAAGACAGUAUUACUUCGCUCAGCAACGGGAAGAGACCGCUCCUUAUCCCGCGUCUGGCUGGAAACCAGCGGGAGCCGCUUUUGAUCUUCCUCAAAGACAACUUCAGCAAAAUGAAGCAUCAAACGCGCCUCAACAACAAUAUGGAGCACCAAAUGCACCUCAGCAACAAUAUGGAGCACCAACCGCGCCUCAGCAACAAUAUGGAGCACCAACCGCGCCUCAACAACAAUAUGGAGGACCAAAUGCACCUCAGCAACAAUAUGGAGCACCAACCGCGCCUCAGCAACAGUAUGGAGCACCAAAUGCACCUCAGCAACAGUAUGGAGCACCAAAUGCACCUCAGCAACAGUAUGGAGCAUCAAGUGCGCCCCAGCAACAGUAUGGAACACCAAACGCACCUCAACAACAAUACGGAGCACCAAACGCGCCUCAGCAACAAUACGCAGCAUCAAGCGCGCCUCAGCAACAAUAUGGAGCACCAAACGCACCUGGUCAACAAUACGGAGCACCAUUAAGUCCUCAACAAGAACACGGAGAACCGGAAGAAUCGACAACGACUGAGACUCCUAACACCACCGAAGAGGAAGAAGUAUCUACUGUUCAAGGCAUUACCGAAUCUGAGUCCGAGCCCGUGAAUUCAGUAAACGAGCUCGAAGACGAGGAUGUUGAUGAGAAGCAACCUCAGCAAUCAGGAGAGUACUACGUGGCACUUCCUGACGGUCGUCUUCAGCGCGUGCGGUACAUCAGUCGUCAGAAUGUCGAGGCCAUGAAGUACUUCGCCAAGAUUCGCGCCGACAACGUGGAGCCUCUUCGUGGUCCGAUUUAUGCGUACGCACCUUUGCAGAAGUUGCAGAUCGUGCCGACUGGUUUGGAAUUGUCCGUCGCCCCAGUCGCCCCAGUCGCCGCGGCCGCGUCCACAGAUGCCAAGCCACAGAAACUCGAGAUUGAGCCCGUGGCCGCUCAAGUGCAAUACCAGUACGACAACCCCUCGCGUGUGGUGCCUCUGGCCAAUCCUUUGAGUACCACCUACACCGCCUACACAGCGAACUAUCAGACACCGGACUCCAGAUUCCUCCUUACCUUCCAGUGAAUCAAACACAACCCGAUACUACGAUGUGACGAUCCUUGUAAAUUGCAUUGUACAUGUUGCAUAGAUUAGUGUGUACUGACAAUUAGGUUAAGCUGUUGACGCAAAUAAAAUUGAUGGUAAC